AGGGAGGCGGCGAGUAUUGGGUUAAAGAUUUGAUAUUUACAAAUUACAAACAUCAAUUAAAUUUUCCUCUCUCUCUCUCUCUCUCUCCUCUCUAUUACAUUCUUUCCGAGAGAGGGAGAAACGUUGAAGCUUGCUCGCGGUCUAAAGUGGACGGCGGCCUAGCUCUCUCUCUCUCUCUCUCUCGCAUAAACCCUAAAGCACCUUCUUCUACCUCCAUUGUUGAAGCUCUGAUCUUUUUUUGUUGGAGUCAAUUUUUGCCAUUCAUUUCUUGGCAGCUCGGUAUUUUGAACGUUGAGCUGCUGAAAAAGAUUGUUGUUUCUGUUUAUCGGAAACUCUGAGAAACAAAAUCCCCAAAUCUGAAGAAACAAUUGCAUUUUGAUUCAAAUUCGUCGAAAAACCUUUGUCGCAAUAAUAACUAUAAGUCAGAUUCAACUCUUUUAUAAGAAUGGAGACCUCAUUGCAGUAUUGUGGAGCCUCCUCAUGGAAGUCUCUGCAACAACCACCUGCGUCGUCUCAUCGCCUCCAUUUCUCAACUUCUGUGUCUUCCAACUACAAGGGAUGGUGUACAAUUGCCAAAAAACAGUCUUGUAGGAGUGGAGUUUUAAGAGUCAGUUGCGAAGCUGGAGGAGUUGUGGAUGUGAUAGAAAGAAAAACCCAGUUGGAGAAUCCGAGUUUGGGUGAAAAUGAGAAGCAGUUUACGUGUGUCAUGAAGUUUGGAGGCUCGUCUGUUGCCUCUGCAGAGAGGAUGAAAGAAGUGGCUGAGCUUAUACUUAGUUUCCCAGAGGAGAGACCUGUCAUUGUUCUCUCCGCUAUGGGCAAGACAACCAACAAACUUUUGCUGGCUGGAGAGAAAGCUGUCAGUUGCGGCAUUACUAAUGUGUCCACUAUAGAGGAGUUGAGUUUCAUAAGAGAUUUGCAUCGCAGGACGGUCAAUGAACUUGGUAUGGAUAAGUCUACCAUCAAAACAUUUUUGGAAGAAUUGGAGCAACUUCUUAAGGGAAUUGCUAUGAUGAAGGAGUUGACAUUACGGACAAAAGACUAUUUGGUUUCAUUUGGAGAGUGCAUGUCAACAAGGAUUUUUGCAGCUUAUUUGAAUAAGAUUGGUGUUAAAGCCCGCCAAUAUGAUGCCUUUGAAAUUGGUUUUAUAACCACAGAUGACUUCACAAAUGCGGAUAUUAUGGAAGCCACCUAUCCAGCUGUUGCAAAAAGGUUACAUAGUGAUUGGAUAAAUGGUCCUGCAAUACCAGUCGUUACCGGCUUCCUUGGAAAGGGAUGGAGGUCAUGUGCGGUGACUACACUGGGUAGGGGUGGUAGUGAUUUGACAGCCACAACCCUUGGUAAAGCAUUGGGGUUGCGGGAAAUUCAGGUAUGGAAGGAUGUUGAUGGUGUUUUAACCUGUGAUCCUAACAUAUACCCUGGCGCAGAACCUGUCCCUUAUUUGACAUUUGAUGAAGCUGCUGAACUUGCAUACUUUGGUGCUCAGGUCUUGCAUCCACAGUCCAUGAGACCAGCUAGAGAAGGUGAUGUUCCUGUAAGGGUUAAGAAUUCUUAUAACCCUAAAGCUCCGGGCACUCUCAUCACCCGGACAAGAGAUAUGAGUAAGGCAGUACUUACUAGCAUUGUUUUGAAGCGGAAUGUGACCAUGUUGGAUAUUGUCAGCACUCGCAUGCUUGGUCAAUUUGGUUUCCUUGCUAAGGUGUUUUCAAUUUUUGAAGAUUUGGGCAUAUCCGUAGAUGUUGUAGCUACUAGUGAAGUUAGUAUAUCUUUGACAUUGGAUCCCUCAAAGCUUUGGAGCAGAGAGCUUAUUCAGCAGGCAAGCGAACUUGACCAUGUCGUGGAAGAACUGGAGAAAAUUGCUGUCGUCAACCUUCUUCAGCACAGAUCAAUCAUCUCUCUCAUUGGGAACGUGCAGAGAUCAUCGUUAAUACUUGAAAAGGUAUUCAACGUUCUUCGAACUAAUGGAGUCAAUGUUCAGAUGAUAUCUCAAGGCGCAUCCAAGGUCAACAUCUCGUUGAUUGUAAACGACGAUGAAGCAGAGCAGUGUGUUAGGGCUCUUCACCAGGCUUUCUUUGAGAGCGACAUCUCUGAACUGGGUUCUAAGUCAGAGAACGGUGCUGUUCUCUCAUUGUUAUAAAAGGGGCAUUCGAUUCUUUCAUAUGUCAUGUUGAAACUAAAUAUCGCAAGAAAUUUUGCAUUUUAGUUCAUCAGUUUUUGUCCGACGGGAAGUUGUCUCUUGUUAACCGUCAUCUCAUCCGUCAGAUUAGGAUCGAAGAUGUGGCAUUAUUUCCCAUUGUUGUAAUCUGGUAUUACUGUAAUGGCUAGUUCUUUUAGACUUAGGCUUGGAACAUUCAUAUUGUUGCGUUUUGUUUCUUCAAUGAGUAAUAAUAUAGGGUCUAUUAUUGAACUUCUA